ACCUGACCCAAGCAAAGCAAAUAAUGAAGGAAUAGACAGUUGCGUCGUUACCAACCGACCGUUGACGUGCUAAAAAAAAAUAGCAUUCAGUGUACAAUUUCUCUAAAGAUUCAGAUACGCAAAGUCGGGAUAAUUACUUAUAAGAGAAACCGAUGUUGUUGAAGUGCACACGACGGUAAAACGUCACCACCGCGCAACAAUACAGUGUCUGCUGAUGACGUAGCUGUCCCGUCCUAUGUAUCCCUUGUAGGUUCGUUCAGGCUGCAGCGCGGGAACGAGAAGCAGUGCAAAUGUGAGGGUAGAAGUUUUCCGAAACAAAUUUAUCUAUUAAAACAGAGAGCCAUGGAUGCAUCUGAGGUAGAGUUCCUCGCCGAGAAAGAGAUGGUGACGAUAAUACCUAAUUUCAGUUUAGACAGGAUCUAUCUGAUCGGGGGUGACCUGGGUCCCUUCAACCCUGGGCUGCCUGUUGAUGUCCCUGUGUGGCUCGCCCUCAACCUGAAGCAGAGACAGAAGUGUAGGAUUGUUCCUCCUGCCUGGAUGGAUGUUGAGAAACUGGAGGAGAUACGCGAGCUUGAGAGGAAAGAGGACACCUUCACGCCUGUUCCCAGCCCUUACUACAUGGAGCUGACCAAACUGCUGCUGAACUAUGCGUCUGACAACAUCCCCAAAGCAGAUGAGAUCCGCACACUAGUCAAAGACAUCUGGGACACGCGUAUUGCCAAACUCCGUCUCUCUGCCGACAGCUUCAUCAGUCAGCUGGAGGCUCACGCCAAGCUGGACAACCUGACUCUGAUGGAGAUCAAUACCAUCCGAGCGUUCCUCCUGGACUCUCUUAACUGCAUGUACAAACUGCGUUCUAAUCUGCAGCCUGGUUCGAGCAAGGGACAGUUCAUGGACUAUUGAUCCACGAGAUCAAGGCCCUGCUGAACAGGUCUGGAUCUCGUCCCAAGAUAUAAAGCCUUGGACUGAGCAUCUGAUCGGCCUCUGACUGAGGCCUGUGCUCACUCACCAGGCUCUUCAAAAGACAGUUCUCUCAGAAAUCAUGUUCACAGGAUGCUGAGGUCUGUUUGAAGCUAACUGAUGUUUACUCAGCUUUUUUAAAGGCCUAUAUAUUUGAGUGAGACUUGAGUUAGCUCUGUACAUAGGAAAUGCAUCGAGGUUUCAUGUGUAUCUUCUGUUUGAAAUAUGUGUGUAUUUAAUUUAAUUUAGGAUGCUGGCUGUAGAUGAAAACUGCCUCCAUUUUUGUACAUGUCAGUGUCAAAUAAAUGUACUUGUGUGUAUUUCUAUGGUAUGUGAGUAUACUCUAUUAUAAAACAAGACAUUUAAAGAAGUCACUGAGGGCUUUGAUGUGCAUUUUUCCCCUUUGUGGAAAUUUAUUGAGGAAUAUUUCAACUUUAGAAUACAGGGAAAUUUAAACUGAGUGACACAAGGGAAACAUUUCUGAAAGUGAUGCUGCUGUAUUUAAAAUAAGUAAACAAAUUUUCAUUAUUUUUGGAAAUAAUAAUUUGUAAUUAUCUACUUCAGUUAAGACUAGGCCUGCAACUAACAAUUUGCUUCUUAGUCAAAUACUCUGUUGAUUGUUUUCUCAGUUAAUGUAUCAGUUGUUUGCUUGAUAAAAUG